AUGUCGCGUCCCCCGCAGCCUGCGCCCGGGAGGGGACGGUGUUUUGUCGAUAUUACGCGGCCGGCGGUGAUCUCUAAAUGGCAGUCAACGCAACCAGAAGUACACUCCGUAAAAGUAGUGCGUAUGGACGAAGCGCUUCCACAUAAUAUAGCUUCCACGAGGCCCUCAAAGAGGGUGGUAGAGGCAACAGUAGCAGGUCUGCAUAGUGCACUUGGUGAAAAGAAACCAUCAGCUCUUAAUAGUAUAGCAAUGAAUAAUAUAACGGCCAAGAAGGAAUCUGAAGCUCGAAUGAAGACAAGAGACUAUGCAGAACAUAAACACCCGGCGUACGUACGACCAGGGUGGGAACGAAAAAUAGAUGUUGUAAACCUUUCAGAGUGGAUGUACGCACGUAUUCACGCUCAUCGCAAACUUAUCAAUGACAAUGCUAAAGGAUAUGAAAAGGAGUAUAUGAUGUGGGAAAAAAAGCCAGAUCCACCAGCAGUGAAAAAAUAG